AUGCAAUUCUUGGUGGUGUGGCCUCCGGAUUCGCCGGAAAAACGUAUAGAAGCACAGUUUCAAAUAACUGUUUGGGGUAUACGGCUGGCGCUGUUUAAAGAAGGUGCGAUUGAAGUAAUCGUCCACGAUUGGAAGGCUUCGCCGGUAAUUGAAGUGUGGCAAUUAGUAUCAGUCGAUUCGAAGAUACCGCCAACGACAUUGUUACAGUUGGCAUCACUGUACAGCAUGACCAGACAGUCGGGGUCCAGGGAGCGCUUGAUAGUUGACACGCCAGAGCCAUUUGUGAUGCCUCGUCUGCAACCAGUAGUGCCAACACCAGAAUAUCGGUCGUCCUCACCAGUGCACUGUGCAUUCUGA